UAAGAGUGAACAUAAAAUCUUGACCGUGUCUGGGCCCCCUAUAGAUAACAAAAGAAGCGAGCACACCAUUUGAGUCUCAUAAUAUUUUUGGCUUUAGAUUGCUUAAGAAAGGUAUUUGUGUGUUAAAUUUAGCGCUUACGUUAGCGCCGGACCCAGCAUGACAACGCCCACGCGAGCAACACUCGAGAAGGCUCUGAAAAGCGAAUCCAAGCUGCAAGCAGCGGCCACACAAAUUGCAAAUGAACUUACCGGUGGAACCUACAACAUUGCUGAGCUAGCCGAGCAAUUGGGCUUUGCAUUGACAUCACCGGACACCGAACAACGCGUGGCCGGCACAAAUCUGUUGUCGGCUGUGCUGAGCGCUCUGCCCGGCGAUGUGUUGAACUCAAAACAAUUGGAAUUUCUGACGACCUUCUAUACGGAUCGUUUACGCGAUCAUCACAAUGUUAUGCCCGCCAUAAUUGAGGGCCUGAAUGCCUUGGUGCGCAUGAAGCAGCUGCCAUCUGAAAGUGUGCCUCUCCUGCUGCACGCGUUCUUCCAGUACACCACCUGCCAGUCGCAGACGCGUGGCGAUCGCACCAAGGUGUUCAACAUGUUUAAGUUCCUGACAUCGCAUUUCCAGCCAGAGCUUGUGAAGAUGUCGGGUGACUUUUUGUACGGGCUGAUUAAUUCCAUUGAUGGGGAACGUGAUCCGCGCAAUUUGGACAUAAUUUUUAGUUUCAUGCCAGAAUUUAUAUCGCAAUACCCACUGCUGCAUUUGGCCGAGGAGAUGUUCGAAAUCUUCGCCUGCUAUUUUCCCAUUGAUUUCCAUCCCAGCAAACAAGAUCCGGAGGCCAUAACACGUGAUGCUCUGGCCGAAAAGUUGACCAACUGUCUGGUGGCCAGCGAACAGUUUGCCGAGUGGACCGUAUCGCUGGCCGUGGAGAAGCUGGACAGCGAGCUUUUAGUGGCCAAAUUAGAUUCCAUCGAGCUUCUGCAUCAAGCGGCUCUUAAGUUUAAACCAGACGCACUGGAACCGCAUUUCGCUCAAAUCUGGCAGGCAUUAAAGGCUGAAACCUUUCCAGGAUCUGAUAACGCGGAUGUGCUUAGAUGCGCACUGAAAGCACUCGCCGAGCUGCUGAAGAGCGCCGCCAAAGUGCCCAGCAUCAGCCAAAACUAUCAGAGCACCGUGCUUGGCGUUGUGCUGCCCCAUUUGAGUGAUGUGCAUCAUCGUCUCUUUCAUCCAGCUACUGCUAUAUCCCUGAUGUGUGUGUCUGGCGAUGCGACCUAUGCUGCCGACAAGAUACUCAACACAUUUCUGCUUAAACUGCAAGGCAUCGAGCUGAAUUGGACGAGUUGCGAGGAGCGCAUAAGAUUUUAUCAUAUUAUCGCGCAGGUUUAUAAGUUGGCCGCACUGCGAGAUUCCCUGUUGGAGCUGAACAAGGCCAUACUGCUGCCACUGCAGGAUGAUGUCAUACAGGCGCUGCGUCUAUGUGAGCGCGACGAUUUUGAUGCCAAACAACAGGAUUUGGAGCUGCAGCGCGCCGCUUUGUCCGUGUUGUGCGAGUGUGUGCCCGUGCUGAGCGAGGAGCAGCGUGCCCUCAUCUACAAGGCGCUGGUACAGCUGGUUAGCCAUCCGCACAUUGAUCUGGACUUUAAGAUGUUGACCGUUAAUCUGGGCGCACUGCAACCCGUCGAGCUGCAGUCCAAUUUCAUAGACAUUUGCAUGCGCAACUUUGCCAUAUUCUCCGAGUUCAUCAGACGUAAGAUCUAUGCGAAUUUGCUGCCACUGCUGCCGCAAAUAGCGUUCACGCAACGCAUACUCGACCUGGUCAUGCGGCAGCUGUUUACGGAAACUGUCGCGGAGCCGGGUCGUCUGUUGGCCUUGGAAGCGCUGAGCGCUCUGCUUAAUCAGGAGGAUCAACGCUUUAUUGUCGAGCUGCAGCAGCAGUCAAAUUUACUUCACAAGCUCAUCGAGCUGGCGAACCAGACGCCCGAAUUGCCGCUGCCAUCGUUGGAGAUGAUUGCCGCCGCACUGAGCCGGAUUAUGCAGCAGCUGCCGCUAUCCGAGCAGAGUGCCAUUGUGAGCGAGUAUCUGCCGACGUUGCAGUUACACCAGACAGCCCAUCUGUACGUGGCCAAAGGUCUGUUAGGCUAUUUGCAUAAGGACAUCAGUUUGGAUGAUCAUUUCGAGCGGCUGCUGGACGAUCUAACUAAGUUAUCGCUAAGCACGGAUAACGAGCAGCUGCGUGAGAUUGCGCAUCACUUGCUCUGCAGUCUGGUCAAUAAAAUGGACAACAAUGAAGCAAACCGCAAACAAGUGAAACGCAUCACGCAUCAGCUAAAAGCCGCCGUCAAAGCUGGCGACGAGCGCGCCGUCCAUCUGCUGGCCUGGCUAGCCAAGGGUCUGGUGGUUGCUGGCUUCGAGGAGGCGGCCGACAUUGUGAGCGAUCUCACGGAUCUGCUAGAGCAUCCGACCUUGAGCAGCGCCGCCGCCUUAGCCUUUGACAUUAUCGCUGCAGAGUAUCCAGAGUUGGAUUUGCCUGUGGUCAAGUUUCUGUACAAGCAAAAAUUCUUUCACACCAUUAUGAACAAACUGGGCACGAAGCUUUCCAGCUGCUGCGAACAUCAUAUGAAGGCAUUCAUCUAUGUGCUGAAGGCAACGCCUCAUUCGGUGAUUAGGCUGAACAUUAAGCAGCUGGGUCCGCUGCUCUUCAAGACCUUGGAUGCCCACAAUGAUGCCCAUUCGCUCUGCAUAGCUCUGGGCAUUUGCCAGAACUUUGUGCAGCAGCAGGAUGCGUAUUUCCAGGCGCAUCUGGGACACAUUUUGCCCAGUUGCCUGGAACUGUCCAAGCAAAAGACGCAGCUUAACAUGCAAGUGCGCAUUGCAGCCCUUGAGCUGCUAUAUGACAUAACCAAGUAUCCAACUUAUGUUCUGCUGCCCCACAAGGUGGAUGUGACGCUGGUUCUAGCUGAUGCUCUGGACGACCCCAAGCGCCUGGUGCGGAAUGCCGCGGUCAAGGCACGCAAUGCCUGGUACCUUGUAGGCGCGCCCAGCGGGGAUUAGCAAGCCGGCAAACGAAUUGUUGUUAACAUAUUGAUACAAUUGACAAACAAAAGCAAAUACGCACAACUGUUAA